GCCCUUUAAGCGGCCGGGGCGGGCGGCAGCUGGCGGCUAUUUAUACCGGGCGGCGGCGGGGCUGCCCCGGCGCCUUGCGCGGGGCGGUGCCGGCCCGGCGGCGGCGGGGGAGCGCGGAGCUGCCAUGGCCACGGCUCUGUCCUCCACGCCGGCCGGCGGGGGCCGCUCCCUGGGCCGCGCUGCCGCCGCCGCCGCCUCGCCGCUGAGCCCGACGCGGCUGAGCCGGCUGCAGGAGAAGGAGGAGCUGCGGCAGCUCAACGACCGCCUGGCCGCCUACAUCGAGCGGGUGCGGGCGCUGGAGGCCGACAAGGCGGCGCUGCAGCAGCGGCUGGCCGAGCAGGAGGCGGGCAGCGGCCGGGAGCUGGGCAGCCUGCGGCUCCGCUACGAGGCGGAGCUGGCCGACGCCCGCCGGGCGCUGGACGACAUCGCCAUCGAGCGGGCCGCGCUGCAGGUGGAGCUGGGCAAGAUCGGCGAGGAGCACCGGCAGCUGCACAGCAGGAAUUCAAAGAAGGAAGCUGAUUUAAACCUGGCACAGGCUCGCGUGAGGGACCUUGACGCUCAGCUGAACGCGAAGGAAGCCGACCUAGCAACAGCUCUGAGCGAGAACCGAAGCCUGGAGAACGACCUCCGGGAGCUGAAGGAUCAAGUAGUCACUCUGAAGCUCUCACUGGAGGAUACCAAAAAUCAUCUCCACAGUGAAAUGUUGAGGAGAGUGGAUCUGGAAAAUCAAAUGAAAACUUUGCAAGAGCAAAUGACAUUCCAGAAGCGCCUUCAUGAAGAUGAACUCAAAGAGGCAAAAAGAGUCCAUGAGAGCAGGAUAGCAGAAAUAGAAUCCGGUCGUCAGAGAGAAUUUGAGAGUAAGCUCUCGGAUGCUCUGCAGGGGCUCAGAAAACAGCAUGAGGAACAAAUUCAAGGAUACAAAGAGGACCUGGAACGAACAUUCAGUGCAAAAAUGGAGAAUGCCCAGCUGUCUGCAGCAAGGAAUAGUGACUUUGCCAAUGCUGCUCGGGAGGAGCUAAUGGAAACAAAGCUGAGAGUCGAUACUUUGACGUCCCAAGUUAAUCAGUAUCAAAGCCAGAAUGCUGCUUUGGAGAACAGAAUAAGGGAGCUACAGGAGACACUGGAUUAUGAUCGUGAUCUCCAUCGAAGACGUAUGGCAGAAAAAGAGAAAGAAAUGGCACAAGCCCAGCAGCAGGUACAAGCACAGUUGGAAGAAUAUGAGCAUCUCUUAGAUGUGAAACUGGCUCUAGAUCUGGAAAUAAAUGCCUACCGAAAGAUGCUGGAAGGAGAGGAGCAGAGGCUAAAGCUCUCACCUAGUCCAUCUUCACAUGGCAUUGCAACUCAAGCAACAACAAGUCAAGGGCGCCGGUUUCUGCAUGGGAAAAAAAGGAAAAUGAAAGAAGCCAAAAUGAGAGGGCAUAGUACUGGAUUUAAGACUGUUCAGCAUGCUUCAUCUUCUGGAAAUAUAUCUAUUGAAGAAAUUGAUACUGAGGGGAAAUUCGUCAGGCUUAAAAACAACUCUGAUGAGGAUCAACCACUGCAUGGAUGGGUGUUGAGACGACGGCUUGGAAGUGUGUCUGAUGCAACAUAUAGAUUCCCUUCACGGUUCGCUCUUCAGGCAGGCCAAAUGGUUACAAUCUGGGGCGCAGAUGCUGGUGUAAGCCCAGGUCCUAGUGAUCUGGUCUGGAAGUCUCAGUCUUGGGGAACAGGGGACACCAUUGGUGUUACACUCAUCACAGAUGAUGGUGAGGAACUGGCAGAGAGGAAGAUAAUGCAUGUACCCAGAGGAGAGGAAAGUGGCGAACAAGAUGAUGAGUAUGAGGAAGAAAUAACUGGAAGUGAAAUGGAGUUUCCAUCUCAGGUAACCUGCCCAAAGUUUAAACACAUGCUAUCAAAAAAACUAAUUUCUUGUCGUUACUACAUUACUACCUGAAAAAUUCCCUAAGCACUAUCCAUAUCCUACAACUCUUACCAUUUUUCUUGAUGUCAGACCAAAAGAAGAAGAAAAAAGAAAUGUUGUUUGGUUUCAUGAUAGUGAUUCCUGUGAGCAUCCUAAAGCAGGUGAGAUCAGUGAGAGAAUCAUGCUUGUAAUCUUGUAGAAAACUUGUGCCAUUAGUAGUGCUGCAGUCUCUUGUCCCACGUAGGAUGUAGUCUGCAUGGCUUUGCAUCAGAACUGGAAUUGAUGUCUUGUUUAUUCUCUGGUGGUUGAAUAUGAUCAAAUAGCAGCAUUAAUUGUUUGGUCUCUUAUUACUAAAAUAAAUAUUGAAGAGUACUAGCUUUAAUGUCUCUUCCAUCUAAACCUGUGUCUGAGCUUGGAUAAGCUUACAAUGUUAUCCCCAGAAAGGAGUGCAAACACUAACUGGAAAUAAAACAUUUUUGUGCAGUGGAGUGACUUAACUGAUACUCUAAACAGUGUCCCUGACUUGCUCUUAAAAUAACUUAAAUUCAUACUGAAGAAAGCUAAUAUUUCUAUUCAAAAACAUGAAAAGACUGAAAUCAAAGUUCAGGUUGUAUUGAUUGCCUAAGUACUUCUGAAACUCAAACAUGAGUUUGAGGCACUUCAGUGCAAGCUCACUUCCAGAAAUUUUUUUUUAAUUUGCACAGCAAAAUAAGCAUCUUAGCCUUGCUUCACUCUUAAAUACUCCCUUCAAUACUUUUAAAGUGGAACUGUAGCCCAGAUGCAGGUCAUUCUAAUGGAACUGACAAAUAGAACAGGCAUAUUUUGGUUGAAUUAUACCCCUUUGGCUACAACUUAAAUGUUGCAAUGUCUCUGAAAGGCUCUCAAUAGCCCCUCCAAAUAGCUUUUGAUGGAUUAUUACCAUUCUGAACUUCUAUCUUGAAUGCUUCUAGUGUGCUUUGAAAUACUAAUAGUCAAGUAUCUUUAACUGCUUAAGUAUUCCAAAAUAGAGCUAAUACGAGGGCUUUAAAUCAUAACUGAAUAAUUCCAGAAAAAGCUAGCUUUCUAAACAAGAAGCCAACAGUUGGUAACAAAUCUAGUCCGUGUGAUCAUCUUGUACAAGAACCUCUAAGUGCAAAUAUGUCAUUACCUCACAGCAGGUAUAAGGAGUUUAGAUGCUUAAAUUGCCAUAAAGGGGAUAACAGAGGUAUGCAUUCACCACCCCCACGCUUUCUGCUUCCCUCCCUUCCAAAAAUGGGGGGGAGCCUUCUUCAUCCAGAAAUAAGAUAACAAAAUAUGAGCUCUUAACUGCAUGUACUCUGCAGUUCAGUCUCUAUCUACACAGUGCUCGUGGGGGAAAAAUUACACUAAACCAAAAGAAGAGCACCAGUGUCUCUUCUGGAAUGACUAUCCAUUUUCAGAUGCACUUGGUUGACCAGCUUAUUAGUCUGAAAGGUGAUGUCUUCAAUACGAAGUUGAACUAAGCUGUGGGCUCUCCAGAGUAUAAGGAAUUUUUUUAAAGCUAUUCCAAUUUAGCAAAUAAAACUAGGGUUAAAGUGCUUGAGCUGAAGACAGUCAUCCUCUAGCAAUGACUUGCUGUCAAGUGAGCACUUGCAGAACUUGAUUUCUGCUGUUGCACAGCAAUGCGAAAGGAAAACUCUGGAAACUGGCAGUUGACUCCAAUCACAUCUUGGGAUUCUGUAGCUCUAAAGCUCAAACAAGACAGUUUUAAGGGAGGGGGCUCCAGACCUGACUGAGUGCUAACUUGCAGUCUUGAAUAACUGUGCAGUCAGACCUAAUCUUGUCCUCUGCACUAUUCCUGAGGAUGGGAAACUGAGCCUCAUUGGAAUGAGACAGGCUAGAAAGCCAAUUAUCAGCUGAAGACCUUUGUUCUGAUUCAUUUAAUACUUCAGCCUACUCUAAGACCUGUUUCGUAAUUACUGUACUUGACUCUUGAGCUGGUUUGUUUCUGACUUAAAAUAGCCCCAUGCUUCCCUCACCAGCGCAAACCGAAGGCACCAUGUGCAAGGGGAUGCCUGGCUAAAACCUCAUUCUGUCCCUCCUGCUGAUACAGUUUGUAGAGCUACCACAGCUCUUGCCAAAAAUGAUCCUACACAGUUACAAGGAGGACUGGUAUCUUCAUGCAGCAGGUCCUAAAGCCACUGCUAUUUCCUAUGUAUUUCUCAUAAUUUAACUAGGAAGUAUCCCCAAGAAAACCUGGAGAAGUGUUUAUUAUUAGAACGCUGUCUGGUUUAAAGGGUGUUCACUGAAGUUUCCUCAUACCAUGCACGUUCUUGUAACAUUUCAGUAACACUGAAGGAAGGUGAGACUCUUCAUUAGUAGACUAAUGAGUAAGGCUGUGUAAUGCUGUUCUGGACACCAGGCGCUCAGUGCAGAGCACAUGCUGUGGCUGGGAUAUGGUUGGGAUACCAGUGGAAGCUUUAGGCUUAUAAAAAGACUUAGUAGCUAAGAGCUUUUUCAUGUUCAGAAUAAGGUCUCUCCUCUAAUGUCUUAAAGGUGCUUUAUUUGAAUUGACUAAUGACAAGGCUUGUUCUGCAAUUGCUGAUGGAAAGCUAGAGUGAUGGGGGGGUUACAUUUUUAGUCUGUUUUAUCAGCAGCUUUACAACACAACUGUGAGCCACUGAUGGUAAGAAUCUAUUCUAAUACUCCCACUCAGAAAUGUUAACAUCCUUCCUUUCCUCUGCUGAAUUCCAGUCAAAUUCCUCUUAUUACUACUUAUGCUUCUGCCACACCAGUAAUACAGAAAUGAUGGCAACUUAGUCAAAAACAGCUCACUUCUUGCAAGAGAGAGCAUGAAUCUGAGGUAGCAUGAAUUUGCAUGCCAGAAAAGUUUUGAAGCCUCAGAAGUGAGGUACCGAUAGCUUGAUAGCCUUUCAUUGAGCAGGAAAUGGCUCAUGUAUUGCAUGGACUCAAAUUCUGAAAAGUUUUUCUCCCUUUCCGUCUCCCCUGUACUCCUUAGUAUAGUUGGUAAUAUCCUGCCUCUCUUAAACCUGUUUUGCUUUAUUAAUUAAAUCUAUAUCUACUCAAUCCUUGUAACUUGUUGUCUUACAGUAUUCUAAACUAUCCUCUCUUUAACCAGCUUGCGCUGCAAUAACAUACAAAGUUUGUAUGCAAGGCAGUUAGUUAAAGCCUUGGUGUUUUAUUUCUGCAGCAAAAUGAGGACCCUAGCUGUUCUAUCAUGUAAUGAAGACAAGGUGAUGAUCAUCUAAACACACCUCAGCCCAAAGUGACAUUUUGGACUACAUGUGUUCUGGUAUCCUCUGCAAUAUCUGAAACUUGGAAUUCACAUCUCCCAUCUGAUGUGUGUGUAAGAAGUGUUGUCCAUAAUGUGAAACUUCCUACCAUCUGACUGGACCCUGUCUUGGAUUCAGUCAUUUAAAGAGCAGCAAAGUACAAGCUCCUUGCAAAUUUUUUGCUCUAAACUGGAACAUAAGGAUCUAGUUGCCAUGACCUGCUGAAACAUGGGAGAGCAUACAGUUUACAAUACUUAAUGUUAGACACGUCCCCAAAUGAUGAUAAAUACUUAAGACUGAGCAUGAGGCUGCCCAGCUUUCUGAAUAUUCUGACAUGGGGGUUUUCUCUGAAAGCAAUUUCUGUUUCGAGCCUGAGUAGGAAACUACAUGGCCCGGAUUACACCUUAGCUUGCACCUUGAGCAAGUCUGAACUUGGCUGGGAAAAAGCAUUAUCCUGAAGGGUGCUGAGUGUCUGAAAUGUUUCCUGCUUGGAUCCUGAUAUUGAAAUAUGAAACUGGUCUAGAUCACUUGUUAGAGAACUUUCUAGUGUUUAAAAUUUUAAAAUUAAAAGCAACUUGUAAAAUGUUUUUUUACUUGCUUGUUAUUAAAUGCACUGUUUGUGUUCUAGCACCUGGAAAUCUAGACUUCAGUAUUUGAUACUUUUAGAUACGGUACAGCACAGCUUUUAUUUCCAAUUUGUUGGAACCUUAACUUGGACAGCUGUAUCCUAUAAAUGCAUGUGUGUUGGGAGCAGGGGAAGCAUCUCAUUCCAACAGAUAAGGCACUAUAACAACAUUAGCACUCUGAAUAGUGCCAACAAGCCAGCCUCUUAGGGGACAGAAGAAACAUGCUGAAACAAACAGCAGAGCUAGAAAGCAUCAACUGUCAUAAAAGAUGCAUCAAAAAUACCUGCUCUUAAAGUUCCUGUGUACUAAAUAUCUGACAUAAAUAAGGGGAAGUGCAGUCUGCAAUAUUGCUUUGGUAUAUUUAACCAGACAGAUGGGGAAUACUGUCUCUUGGCCAGUAGGUAACUUUAAUGGCUGUGCUGUCCACAUGGAGACACAUGUAACCUUUGGAAACUAGUAGUCAUCCCUCAUAGCCAUUAUUCCACCCCCCACCCCCCACCCCACCCUGGCCUACCUGGUUGCUGUAGGGGGAAGAAAUAGCUACUUCUCUUUAAGCAUGUGAGGGGAGGGAAGCAGCUGCUAUUUCAGACCUCUUCAAAUACUGGAAUAGUUUCUGACCUUCUCUGUUGCCUUGCCAAAGUCUUCAGUGUUAUAGAACAACUGAAUUUAAGACCUGUUCUGUGUUAGGAUGCAGUUCUUAAUGUGAGGCUUUCUUAGACUGGCUUAAAUUCACUUAAGCUAUUUAAUAAUUGAAGUUUUAAGAUAUGGCAACCAAAUGCUGACUGAACAACUGCAUUUUAGUAGAUCUGAAUUCUUGUUGUACCUUAUGGCCUAAAUUUAAAUAGAUGCUGCUAUGACCUUCCUACAUUUAUCUUGAUCUGUUAAACUUUUUUUUUUUUUUAAACUAUUAAAGAUAUUUUUUGUGUAUAUAACCAGCCUUGGACUUUAAUAUUUGCAAGCUAAAAACAGUAAUCAAAAUUACUUAUUGGUAAUAAUCACUGUUACUUAUUGGUAUUAGCAAAGUGGCUCAAAAGACUUUGAAGCAACACAGUUUGGAAAAGUCAUCCUGCAGACUGAAGGAACCUUCAGCACUAGAUGAAGCUGCUCUGUUUAUGUAGCUAAUAAAGCUGAAUUGUAAUGAACUUGAUGUAAGAGCAGUCCUUAGUAUUUUAGAUCAGAUUUCCCUUUGGAACAUAAGGGAAGGACGAUGCGCAGUGACAAGCUAGUAAAUGAGGCUUGAACUACUGCAGUGGUCUUGAUAUGAAAUAGCUGCUGCUGAAUGUUGUUUGGUAACACCAUCAACAGCCUAGAAACUUAGAUCUUCUUGUAGAAGUUUAUGAAACUUAAUAGCACCCAACCUUAAUAACCAUAGAUUAAAGAAUGACUUUUCUGAUGCUUGCAAUGGAUCUUAUUGUGCAAGUUGUCCUCUGAGCAGCAAAUCAAAAGAUGGUUGGCUUCCUAUGAACUCUAUACAUUAUCCCAUUCAAUAACACUAUAGC